AUGGAAUUCAUGAAACUCGCUAUCGAGGAGGCGAAGAAAGGAAUGGCGAAAGGAGACGGAGGACCGUUUGGAGCGGUGAUUGUGAAGGAUGGAAAAGUGAUUGGUGUUGGGCAUAAUAUGGUUUUGGUGAAUAAGGAUCCAACGGCUCAUGCGGAGGUGACAGCGAUCAGGGAUGCUUGUAAGAAUGUUGACAACUUCGACCUCUCCGGUUGUCAACUCUACACCUCCUGCUACCCGUGUCCAAUGUGUAUGGGUGCCGCAUUGUGGUCUCGAGUCGACGCAGUUUACUACGGUGCCACGUCAGAGGACGCCGCUAGAAUCGGAUUCGGAGAUCACGAGUUUCAUGACUUCUUGAAGGAUCCAAAGACGGAUGAGAAGAGGAAGUUGGAGCAGUUCAAAGUGGACAAUUAUAUGGAACCAUUCCAGAUCUGGGCAAAGAAGGAUGACAAGACACCUUACUGA